GAAAUGUGUUUGCAGUGGGUAAACAGAAAAAAAUGUACUGUUAUUUAAGGAUACAGCUGUACACGGUGUGAAAAUAAGACCUUAGUGUACAACACUAGCCAGGAGAUUAGUUGAGGAUUUGUUUUAUAAUAAGUAAUACUAGUGCUACAAUAUGUGACUCUCUGUUAAGUAUGUAUGUAUGUAUGUAAACAAGUUACACCACCAGGUCAUUUUGAUUUCAUUCACAUUUUGGUCAUGUUAACCUAGUGUAAUUUAAGAAGACAUUAAGCUCUUACAUUACUGGAAGUGGAGUGCAUGAGGAAGAUAUGAACUUUUCCCCUCUUUAGGCUUUUUGUGUUGAUAAUCUCCAAAAAGCAAAAGUAAUCCUGGAAUACAGAUGAAGUAAUUUUGUAUUUUGGUUAUUCUCCUUGAAUUUGUAUAGUCGUGUAAUGUGGAUUAGUCACCCAGGAAUUUGUAUGAAAGUAAACUACCGAAGAUUAUUUACUUGUUAGGUCAGUGCGCUGUAGUAAAGACAGAGACUAACCCACAUUUGUUUUCUUCAAUAGCGUAAAGACAACAUUAGUUAAAUAUAAGGAUAACUGAUAAAAGGAUAGUACUGUUGAAGGAGGUUAGCUGUCGAUUAGGGAUAUAAGCCUGUCCAAGGCAUCCAGCUGGCUCCACAGAGUGCACCCUCCACUGCACCCUGCACUGGUAUUUGUUUUCCAGAUAGCAAAGAUAAACAGUAAGGGUAAGGAGAGAGUGAUUUCCCAAUACUAAGUGGGAUUUGAGACCACUUUGUUUGCAGCAUUUAAAAUUAGAGAGCCUCACUGCCACAGAAACUCUGACACACUUUCACUGCUAUGCCUUUUUGAUCCUCACUUUCACCUCUGGGAUUUUAAAUAUGCAGAAACUAACAUGCCAGAGCACACAGGCACAGAGAUAUGCACGUGACCCUCCUUCGACUCUGAUGAGUUGUGGUUGCCCAAUUUAGCCGAGUGGUCAUUGCCACGGGGCAGGCAUGUUGCAGAAUGGGAAAAAGUUUGACUCAUCUCGAGACAGGAACAAGCCCUUUAAGUUCAAGAUUGGACGGAUGGAGGUCAUUAAGGGCUGGGAGGAAGGAGUAGCACAGAUGAGCCUGGGCCAGAGGGCUAAAAUCACCUGCACACCAGAUAUGGCUUAUGGACCGACAGGCCACCCCGGGGUCAUCCCCCCAAAUGCCACGCUUAUAUUUGAUGUGGAAUUGCUCAAGUUGGAGUGAUGCCUAGGGUUAAAAUAAAAAAUACUUAAGGUUAAUGAGGUUGCAUUCGCCACAACCUGAUUCCACAGGGUGCUGCCUCCCACCAUCCACCUGAUCUUCUUUGAUUUCUUCAGUCUUCUUCAGUUCAAUAUUUAAAUGCAUCUACUGCUGUUUGUUGCCAUCAUGUCAUAAUAGAUACUGCAAGAAAAUGUUCACAUCAUGUAAGACUUUUACAAAUACACCACAUUUUGGAUUGUUUGUUAGAGCUGCUCUUCUUGUUUAAUUUCAUUUAAAGUUGUAGAUUUUGUUGAACCAAGAGGAAAUCGGUCAAUUGAGGAAAAGCUGUACUACAUUGCAAUCGAAACAUACUGCCUUACAGUUUCAACAACAGAGGAAGGGUACAUGUGUUGAAAGUACAAUACUUCUGCUCUGUAUAUUAACUGGGCAUUAUAUACCACUGUCUGCAUUGCCACUUUGAUAACGGUUUGUCCUGCUGAAUGCUCUGAAUGAUGUUGCCAUAUUUAAUAUAUUUUAUAUCCCUCAUAAACAUUAACUGCAAGUGUACCCUAUCCAGUCUAACCCAGUCCACUACUGUACAGAACUCUGUAAGAGCCAUUGCUGCUGCCAUGAAAGUCUAUCGUAAAACUCUUGAAUAAAAAUGGCAUGUACUGU